AAAUAAAAUUGGUGGUGAUAAGAUAUAUUGUUCUCGUGAUUGUGCCAUUGAUUGUAUGAAAAUUAAAUAUGAACUUCCAAAAGAGUUUAAGGAAUUAUAUAUGGACCUAGAAAUCCCCAAAACACCUCCUUCUUCUAAUCCCAACACCCCCGCCUCUAAUCCUUAUAAAAGGGACGGCAUUCCAAACAACAACCAAAGUCCUGAAAUGCUUUCGUCAGAUCGAAUUAAACGAUUAGAAAAAGAUAUCGAAAAUUACAAAGCAAAAAAGCAAGAGGCUCCAGAAUCAGACAAGCCCGGAGUUCAAGAUUUAAUUAACGAAUUAGAAAAGCAAUUAAAAUUAGAAAAAAUGAAAGCCUUUUUCGCCCAAAGAGAUGGGACAGAGACAAUCAUCAAAAAGAGCCGAAUUACCGGUCAAACUACUACAGUCAAAAAGUCUAAUCCUCUUUCCGAACUGCUAGCCUGA